AUGGGUUCGAAUGAGGUCGACCGUUGGAUCGAGGUAGCCAAACAAUGCAAGUACCUGCCCGAGAACGACCUGAAGAAACUCUGCGAGAUCGUAUCGGAGCUCCUCCUGGAGGAGUCCAACAUCCAGCCGGUCUCGACCCCCGUCACCGUCUGCGGGGACAUCCACGGGCAGUUCUACGACCUGGAGGAGCUGUUCCGCACGGGCGGGCCCGUGCCGGACACGAACUACAUCUUCAUGGGGGACUUUGUGGAUCGCGGGUACUACAGCCUGGAGACAUUCACCCGGCUCCUCACGCUCAAGGCCAAGUGGCCCGAUAAGAUCACCCUCCUCCGUGGGAACCACGAGUCCCGGCAGAUCACGCAGGUGUACGGAUUCUACGACGAGUGCCAGAACAAGUACGGGAACUGCAACGCCUGGCGGUACUGCUGCGCCGUCUUCGACCUCCUCACGGUGGCAGCCAUCAUCGACGAGCAGGUGUUCUGCGUCCACGGCGGGCUCUCCCCUCAGAUCAUCCUCCUGGAUCAGAUCCGAGUGAUCGAGCGGAACCAGGAGAUCCCACACAAGGGUGCCUUCUGCGACCUGGUCUGGUCGGACCCGGAAGAGGUGGACUCGUGGAGCGUGAGUCCCCGGGGGGCCGGCUGGUUGUUCGGGGCGAGGGUCACCCACGAAUUCCUCCACGUGAACAAACUCAAGCUCAUCUGCCGUGCGCAUCAGCUGGUCCACGAGGGGUACAAGUACAUGUUCGACCAGAAGCUCGUCACGGUGUGGUCGGCUCCCAACUAUUGCUAUCGGUGUGGGAACAUCGCCGCGGUGCUGGCCUUCCCGGACGUCAACACGCAGGAGCCAAAGCAUUUUAACGCCGUCCCCGACAACGAGCGCGUGAUUCCGCCGCAAAUUUGCACUCCAUACUUCCUUUAG